GAGAGGAAUGAGAGGUUGUUCUAUAAGCUUCUUAUUGAUAAUGUUGAAGAACUCCUACCAGUUGUCUACACUCCGACUGUUAGUGUUGCUUGCCAGAAAUAUGGAAGCAUUUUUAGGUGGCCUCAGAGUAUCUACUUUAGUUUGAAAGAGAAGGGGAUGGGGAUACCUGUAGGGAAACUGGCUUUGUAUACUACCCUUGGAGGAGUUAGACCUUCAGCGGGUACAACAGCAGUGGAUCUUGUAGGGCUUGUUACAGCACUAAAGUUACUUGGUGGUACUUUGGCUGACCACAAAUUCUUAUUCCUUGGUGUUGGGCAAGCUGGGAUUGGUAUAACAGAUCUUAUAGUUCUUGAGAUGUCAAAACAGGGUCGUGCAAUUUUUGCCAGUGGAAGUCCAUUUGACCCUGUAGACUACAAGGGGAAAGUUUACACAGCUGGCCAGGCGAACAAUGCUUAUAUUUUCCCUGUGUUUGACUUUGGCUUGGUCAUCUCUGAUGCGAUUCGUGUCCAUGAUGAAAUGCCUCUUGCAACGGAUGUCUCCAUUGAAACAACGGAAGCUUUGGCUGGUCAAGUAAUGGAGGAGCAUUUAGCUAAGGGCAUGAUUUACCCUCCAUUCACUAAUAUCAGAAAGAUCUCUGCUCACAUUGCUACUAAGGUAGCUGCUAAAGCAUAUGAACUUGGUGAGUACAUAUUUUCUUUUCCCUAUUUUUGUUCCAAGCUACUUGCCAAGACAUGA